ACUACGUGCGAGUGCCUGGCAUUACAAUAAUAAUUAUUAAUUAAAAUUAAUUAAUAUGAUAUAAGUGAAAACAGUGUUGAAUGAUGCCCGCUUUUAACCAAUAUCUAUGUAAUUUUUUUCUUUGAUUAGAAUUCAUUCCAUUUUGAUUUUAUAAAAUUGCUUCACUAAUUAAUACUAUAGUUUACAUAAGGUAUAUUCAGAUCGAUCGAAUGCGCUGCUCCUUUUAAUGAUCGAUCAUUUCAUACAUACACACUGUAUACCACCAGGAGCCGCCGGAAUGUUUUAAAGGGCAAAGAUUCAGUAUUACCGAUCAAACUCCUAGAUCGCGAUUAAAGUGUGUUUAAUAUAAACUACUAAAAACCGAAGGGUCGAAGGUCUUCCCUUGCCCAUGCCUGGCGGUAUCCCUGUAUGUGACAAUCUAAUUUGAUCCAUAACCAUUCUUAAAUUAUAAGAAAACUUUUAAUGAUUCUCAAAUUACUCGAAUUCAUCGGGACCUUAUUAAGAACGUUACGAUUAUUCUUAAAUUAAAUCAACUAAUAAUUUCUGAUUGAUGCAUUAAAAAUUCAGAUAGACCAUAGAAAGAAUUUCAAAUAAAAUUAAGCACGAUGUAGAAAAUUGCCAUAUUUCCAUGGAAACGUAUCGAUUUUUUAUAUUAUUAACGAAGCAAAUGCACUUAUUAAAUUUAACGAUCAAAUCAUAUCAUCAAAAACGAUGCUGGAGUGUAAUUUUCGCAUGCACAACAAAUGAGGAUCUUCAAUGGAUAAUAUAUUGCAACCGACAGUUUCUACACUAGAGAUAUUUGGAAUUUAUUACCAUUCAGACAAAACUCGAAAAUCAUUUAUCGUAUAUUAUCGUAAGAGUUUAAUCCUUAUAUUUUGGGUUUUUUUCUUCUUAUCCAUCAUAGACCUAAUUUUUGGCAUAUGGACCAUUUUUUUAAUCGGAGAUUGGAGUCGAGUAUGGAGAGGAUAUAUUGUAGUAUGCCGCAUCAUAUUAUCGGUUCUGUAUUUCUUUUGUUCGUGGGUAUUGACUUAUUGGCCUUGCAAUGGUAAGUCUAUGGAAAAAUUCAAUCAAAUUUGGCACUCGAGAGAGCUAAAAGCCAUCGAAGAAGCUAUCAAAAUUAAAAUAUAUCAACAUCAAUGUAGCAUUUUGCUGUGUAUGGGUUAUAUGUAUGCAAUUUUGGUAUGCUUGUUACCAUUUUUGAACACAUAUUACAGGAUUAAACAUGCCAUGUUUAAUGAUGCCGACAUCCUUGCUGUGUUUCUUAUCACUAUCCUAAGUUUGUUUUCAUUAGGAAUUUGUGGUUACUCGGUUGCAUAUUUUACUCUUCUGUGUAGGGGUUUGGUGGAAGGUUUCUUGGCAGUUUCUGAAAAUAUCGAACACUUAAGAAAAUCCGGACGUUCCGUUUGUAUUUUAUUAUUACAAGAUAACAUUCGUCAAUAUCAGUGUCUCUGUCAAAUGGUUCAGCUCAUUAAUAAAAUAUUCAGUCGCUUUGUAUUCGUCAUGUACAUUACUUUCUUGUUAAUUUCUUGUUUAAUUUAUUAUCUUUACUUGUUUCUGAAAGGCUUACAUGGGCUGAGAAUUAUAUUGCUCUGCUUAAUUAUCUUUUUCUCUGCAGUUAUAAGCUGUAGCUCUUUGACAGCCGCCGAUGUAGCGCAAGCGGCUUAUAAGCCCCAAUCUUCAAUUUACAGACUUAUCAUAUAUGGUAAAAUUUCUCCAAAAGAACAGAUAAAGAUGCAUACUGUCAUGAAGGGUCUAAUGGUUAAUAAAGUUGGAAUAUCUUGCAUGGAUUUCUUUAUUCUGACCAGAAAUGGUAUUCUAAAGGUUUUCACAACUCUUGUAUCUUAUGUUUUAAUUUUGGUUCAAGUUCAGCAACUGGAUAUUGAAGAGGAAUGUUAAAAUUGAUGAGACUGAUUGUGAUGUUGGUGUUGAACAGCCUCAUAUUAGAAUAGGUAGGUAUAACUAAAUAGUUUUUACAGUAACUACAGUACAUCAUUUUUAUUAAUGACUAUUAAAUAUCAUUUAGGUUCUAUAUUAGGUUUUGAAUUCAGGUUCUAUAUUAGGUCAGGAAGAAGUAGAAGUGCAAAAGAAUGAUGAUGCUGAUCAACUGGAUACAUUAGCUUCAUCACAACAGUUAGUAGACACCAGUACUGAUAAUGUUCUGUGUGAUUGGGUUUUUUCUGGAAAAAAAAAUCAAAUGGAGAAGAAGACCAUUUAUACCACCAAAUGUGAAUACUGUAUCCAACUCUUGUAACUCAAUGAAUCUACAGUUUGAAAAAUAUUUUAUUGGGAGAUAUUCAGCUAUGUUACAGAUGCUUGUAUAGAAAGCAUGGUUGAAAAAAAACUAAUAUAAAUUCAACUAUAACAGAACAAAUCAUUCACAUCUACAAAUUUUAAAGAAGUUAGAUCCUUUAUAGGACUUCACAUGAUGAUGGGCUACCUCAAAUAUCCCAAGAUAAGAAUGUACUGGGAUUCAGCUCUACAUUUAGAUUUGUUUGUAAAUGCCAUGAGUAAAGAGAGAUUUUUUCAGUUGAGAACAAAUUUUGAUGUAGUAAAUGAUUUACUAAGGCCAGAAAAUUGUAAAGAUAAAUUUUAUAAAGUCAGACCAAUUUUUAACUUAUAAGUAAAUGCUUAGUAAUCUGGAAACGGAAAAUCAGCUGUACAUUGAUGAGCAAAUGGUACCUACAAGGCCAUUUGGCGAUACAACAAUAUUGUAAAGGGAAACCUAAUCCUUGGGAUAUAAAAAUAUUUUUGUUAUUGGAAGAAGUGGCAUCUGUUAUGAUUUUAUUAUAAACGAGAUAGUCCAGGACACCCCCUAGUGGGUGUUCUAGCAGCAGCGGUGUCAUUCAUUAGUAUAAAUAAUAAAAUUCAUAUAAAUAAUAAAUUCCUAUUACAAACAAAAAUAAUAAUAUAUACUGUUAAUAAAUAUAUUAUAGCUGAAAAUCAUUGUUAGGGAUGUCCCCUAGUGUGCAUUCUAGUCAUUCUGUGACAGAUGCAUAGCUAGAAUUUUCCAUUUUCCCAACAUUAUUUCCUUGUCUGUUGUUAUUGUAAAGAAAAACAUCAUAGUUACUCAGAAGAAGUUUCAAGUUUAGAUAACAAAAUUGUGAUAUGCAAAUGGUUUGACAAUAGACUUAUAAUUUUGGCAUUAAAUUUUAUAGGAUGUGGUGCACAAGAUAAAGUAUGACAAUGGGAUAAAGAAAAAAAAAAAUGAAUAUGUAACUGUGCAAUGCUCUGAGAUUGUUCGUCAUUAUAAUCAUGGGUGGUGUUGAUAAAUUGAAGUGUAUAGACGCAAAAGUCACAUUAUCCAAUUUUUGGCGGUAUUGAGUUAUUCAUAUCACCAUAUUCGUCUUGUAAAGGCAAAUAAGACUGUAAUAGUGUUGUUGUCCUAAAUUCACAUUUCUAGGCUGAAAAAAUUGUUGAAAAUUACGUUUUGAAGCAUACGUCAUAUUAUCCAACAGCUGUUUUGCAGCAAAAUUCACUCUCUCUAAUUCAACCAAUCAGAGAACCCCUGGUGCACACCAUCAUGAGAUUGUCUGCUCCAGUUCUGUUGAUAUUAUGUUAACUAUUUUGGUUUAUAACUAACUAUUUUGGUUGGUUUGGUUCUCCAUAUAAGUUUGUUGCAAAACUCACACUGACCAUAUUUUAAAGUUAUAUCCCAGUUUUCCCUCCUUUACAAAGAGUUUGAGGCUGUGUGCAAGUGGUUUCUAUGCCAACAAAGAUAUCAUUAAAAAAAUUUGUUAUAAUAUAUCAUGUAUGUCAACAAUAAAUACUUUUUUGCAUUUUUCCAAAAAUCUUAAAAAGGUGAGAGUGUGACUUUUGCAUCUACACCCUUCAAUUAGAUGUGUUAGUUAGUAUGUAUAGGGUAUUUUUGAAAUCUCAAAAAUGGACACCAAGAAUGUUAUUUCAAUGCAGUGGAUUUACCAUGCGUAAAUAGUUGGUUGGUGUAUAUGAGGGGCAUGGAAAGAUUGAAAGAAAAGAAACCAUUGGAUUUGCUCCACUUUAAAUUAAGAAUUAGUGAGGGACUUGUUAGAAUAGGUGCAGAAAAUAAAAAUAAACAUGGCAGACCAAGAAGCAAUGAACAACAAAUGCCAAAGAAAUUAAAAACAGAAAUCGACCCUGCACAAGAGAUUGCUCGCAAUCUAAUGAAUCAUUUUGCAGAAUUUGAUGAGAAAGAAGCCUCAAAAUGCCAGGAUACACUAAAAAAACUCACAUAUAUUGUCAAAAAUACAAAGUGCAUUUAUGUUUAGUAAAAGAAACUGCUUUAAAAAUUUUCAUACUACUGGAAUACAGUUGAAUCUGUUUGUCCAUUCCAAUGGACAUUGUAUCAAAAUAACAUUUUCUUCUUGUGUCGAUUCCAGCCAUCUUUGGACCACGUACAACUAAUUAUGACUUGCUUUUCCCUCUUCCCUUCCCUUUGUUCUUCUUCCUUUUUUUCUAAUACCUCUUCAUUCUCUCGCUCUGCUGUUGUCUUUGCUCCUGAGUGAAGAGUCUUCCACGUCUGUUACUUUCCUUUUCCUGAAAACCCUUGAAGUUCUUUAUUUUGUUUCUAAACCUUUCCCUGUUCUGGAUAUCUUCUUCCGAUAUGCCCAUUUCUGCCAUGUCUUUUUGAGUGUCAUUGAUCCAUUGAUUCUUAUUCUUUAGGUUGUUGAAAUACGUAAAAAUUUGUUUCGUUAGCCUAUUUUCCCCCAUUCUCUUUAUAUGCCCAAAGAAGCUUACUCGCCUUCUCCGAAUUGUAUCCGAGAGUCUUGGGAUUUUUUGAUAAAGCUCUUUAUUGCUCCUUAGCACGUAGUUACCAUGUUCAUCUAUUUUUGGCCCCAGAAUUUUCCGAAGGAUCUUCCUCUCUUUUUUCUCCAUAUUUUCUAUUUCUCCCAUUUUAAGAGUAGCAAUACCUUCU